AAAUAAGCGCCUUUGUUUCAAACUUUCUUUUCUUUUUUACUUUACAUUUAUAUAAAAAAUGGUUCUUGCUACUAACCUUGGUUUCCCUUACGUUGGUGCUCAACGUGAACUCAAGAAAUCCGUCGAAGCCUACUGGUCUGGCAAGAUUUCCGAAGCUGAUUUGAAGGCUGCUUACUUCACUAUUCAGCAAAAGAACUGGAAGUUGCAAAAGGAAGAAGGUUUGGACCACAUUCCCUCUGGUGAAUUCACUCUCUAUGAUCGUGUUUUGGAUACUGCUCAUCAAUUUGGUGUCAUUCCUCAACGCUACCAACACAUCAAGGACCCUCUCCAACAAUUCUUUGCUAUGGGUCGUGGCCUUCAAAAGCCUGCUACUGAGACCUCUGAGAAGAUCGACGUUCCUGCUCAAGAAAUGAAGAAGUGGUUCGAUACCAACUACCACUUUAUCGUCCCUGAAUUCGAGCCCAACCAGACCUUCAAGUUGCAAAACCCUGUAUCUGUCGAACAAUACAAGGCUGCCAAGUCUCUCGGUAUCGAAACUCGUCCUGUCUUGAUCGGUCCUGUCACUUUCCUCCACCUCGGUAAGGCCGCCAAGGGAUUUGACAAGUUCGAUACUAUCUCUCUCUUGCCUCAGUUGCUCCCCAAGUACGUUGAGCUCAUCAAGCAAUUGGAAGCUGAGGGAGCCCAAUGGGUCCAAAUCGAUGAACCUGCCUUGAUCCUCGAUUUGCCCGCUCAUGUCAAAGCUGCCUUUGAAGAUGCUUAUAAGACGAUCAAGUCUCAAACCAACAUCAAGGUUCUUGUUGCUGCUUACUUUGGUCGUGUGGAAGACAAUGUCCAUGGUCUCUUGCCUCAUGUUGACGGUGUCCACCUUGACCUUGUCCGUGCCCCCUCUGAGUUGGAUGCUAUCUUGCCUCUCCUCAAGAACAACCAAGUCUUGUCUCUCGGUGUCGUCGAUGGCCGUAAUGUCUGGAUCAACAACUUGUCCAAGUCUAUUGAAUUGGCUCAAAAGGCUGUUCAAGCUCUCGGCAAGGACCGUGUCUUUGUUGCUCCCUCUUGCUCUUUGGCUCACUCUCCUUACUCCACAAGCUAUGAAAAGAAGAUUGCCAGCCAAAAUCCCGAACUGUUCAGCUGGUUGUCUUUCUCUGUUGAAAAGGUCAAGGAAAUUGUUGUCAUUGCUAAGGCUGUUCGUGGUGGAGUUGAUGGUGUCAAGGAAGCUUUGGACAAGAACGCUGCUGCUGUCGAAUCUCGUCGUACCUCCAGCCAGACUGUCAACCCUCAAGUCCGUGAACGUGUCUCCAAGGUUCCUGCCCAAGACUGGAAGCGUCCUAACCCCUUCCCUGUCCGUCGUGAAGCUCAAGUUAAGAAGCUCAAGUUGCCUCUCUUCCCUACUACCACCAUUGGUUCCUUCCCUCAAACCAAGGAAAUCCGUGUUGCUCGUCAAAAGCACAACAAGGGUGAGUUAUCUGAUGCGGACUAUGAUGCUUUCAUCAAGAACGAAAUGAAGAAGAUGGUUGAAUUCCAAGAAAAGGUUGGCUUGGAUGUCCUUGUUCACGGUGAGCCCGAACGUAACGACAUGGUUGAACACUUUGGUCACCUUCUCUAUGGUUAUGACUUUACUGAAAAUGGUUGGGUUGUUUCCUAUGGUUCUCGUUGUGUCAAGCCUCCUGUCAUCUUUGGUGAUGUCUCUCGUCGUGGCCCCAUGACUAUUGAAGAAAUUGCCUAUGCUCAAUCCUUGACUAAGAAGCCUAUGAAAGGUAUGCUUACUGGUCCCGUCACCAUGAUGAAGUGGUCAUUUGUCCGUGAUGAUCUUCCCUUGAACGAGGUUUGUACUCAAAUCGGUUUGGCUCUCCGUGAUGAAGUUGUCGAUUUGGAAUCUGCUGGUAUCCCUUGUAUCCAAGUUGAUGAACCUGCUAUCCGUGAAGGUUUGCCCAUCCGUCGUGCUGAUUGGGAGGCUUAUCUCGAAUGGUCUGUUGCCUGUUUCCGUUUGUCUACUGCUGGUGUCCGUGACGAAACUCAAAUCCACACUCACAUGUGUUACUCUGACUUUAACGAUAUCUUUGGUGCUAUUACUGCUUUGGAUGCUGAUGUUAUCACUAUUGAAAACUCCAAGUCUGAUGAACGUUUACUUCAAGUCUUCCAAACUCAAGGAUAUCCUCAAGAAGUUGGUCCUGGUGUCUUUGAUAUCCACUCUCCUCGUGUUCCCGGUGUUGAAGAAAUGAAGGCAAAGAUCGUCGGUGUCAUCCAAUACCUUCCCAAAGAACGUGUCUGGGUCAAUCCUGAUUGUGGUCUCAAGACUCGUGGAUGGCCUGAAACUGAAGCUGCCUUGACCAACAUGGUUGAAGUCGCCAAGCAACUUCGUGCUGAAUACGCUUAAGAAAAUUGUAAAUAGUUCAACACUAGAGUAUAUCCCCUUAAUAUUAUACGCCAUGUUUAUAAAUAUUUAUUUUGUACAAAAAAAAAGUUCAACACUGAUAAUAAAAGCAAUUGAUUUGUUAAAUUUACGCUAUAAAUUUUUUUUUUCUUUGUUUAUUGUUUUCACAAAUGAUUUGAGUUGCAGAUCCGUCAUAAUAGUUUGCCCGGUAAUUCAUUGGACGGAAAAAUAAAGAAUAGUAUAUCCAUCGGAGAAGCUUGCAGACAUGAAGUAUCUAUUAAAAUAAACAUGAAAAAGGCUCUUUAAAGCCUUGUUUGUUUAGUAUAUAAACAAGGGUAUAAGGAACAAAUAGAUUCGACAAGGGGGAGAAACAGAAAGUGAA